AUGGACCAGUUCAGGAAACCCAGGAGAGUGGUGCUGGUCCUGGCUGGACGCUACUCCAGCCGCAAAGCUGUCGUCAUGAAGAAUAUUGAUGACCAUCCCUACAGCCAUGCUGUGGCGUCUGGAACUGACCACUAUCCACGCAAAGUGACAGCUGUCAUGGGCAAGAAGAAAGUUGUCAAAAGGUCAAAAAUCAAGUCUUUUGUGAAGGUUUAUAACUAUAAUCACCUCAUGCCCAUAAGGAACUCUGUGGAUAUCCCCCUGGACAAAACUGUUGUCAACAAAGAUGUCUUCAGAAACCCGGCUCUGAAACGUAAGGCCAGACAGGAUGCCAAGGUCAAGUUUGAGGAGAGAUACAAAAUGGGCAAGAACAAGUGGUUCUUCCAGAAGCUUCUGUUUUAGAUGUGUCCCCCCAUCAUUAAAAAUAAA